AUGGAACAAGGAGAUAAAGUCGACGACGAAGCGUCUCCGUCCAAACGAACUAAAAUUGAUUCUUUGCAAGGUGAGUUAUUUUUACGUAUCAUCGUAUCGGUCGUAUCAAACGAUACAAAUCUAAUUAUAUCUCGAAAAGGAAUAUUUCCUCGCUCAGACGCAGUUGGCGAGUCAAGGAAAUCGGAAUUUUUCAACGAACCGGUAGCCGGGCCCUCCAAAGCCACGGAUUCCUCGAAAUUUAACACGCUAUCAGUGAAUUUGAAACAAAAAGGAAAUCCAUUGUUAAAGUUUGUAACCAACGUCCCUUGGGAAUAUCGCGAAAUCGUGCCAGAUUACGUUAUGGGAAAGACUACUUGUGCCCUUUUUCUAUCCAUGCGUUAUCAUCAACUUAAUCCCGACUACAUCCACGAACGUUUGAAGGCGUUGGAACACAGGUACAACUUGAGAGUGCUUUUAGUACAGCAUUACACGUACGCGAUAGCAAGAGAUCGUACCACCACGAAUGUGCAAAUACGGCAGGUAGACGUGCCAGAGCCUCAUCACGCUCUGAAGCAUUUGACAAGAAUUUGCAUUCUUGCCGAUUUAACGUUAAUAUUGGCAUGGAGCGCAGAGGACGCAGGCAAAAUUAUCGAAACGUACAAGAUUUAUGAAAAUAAAUCGCCCGAUGCGAUUAUGGAGCGCAGCGAUACAGCACCGUAUCAAAAGUUGACGAACGCUUUGACAACAAUUCGAUCGGUCAACAAAACGGACGCCACGACUCUUUUGUCCACGUUCGGUACGUUGAGCGAACUGAUAGAAGCGCCACCGAAUACACUGGCUCUUUGUCCUGGUAUUGGGAUACGAAAAGCAGAAAGAAUCCACAAAACGUUGCACGAACAAUUCUCGUGCCCUUGA